AUGGCAAACAUGAAUGUGGUCCAGGGUAUGGGGACAGGCCAGGAUACGGUGAUGGCCCUGGCUAUGGUGAAGGACCUGGCUAUGGGGACAGACCAGGAUACGGCGAUGAUCCAGGAAAUGGAUGUAGGGAUCCUGGCUGCGGUCCUGGCUACGGUGAUGGUCCUGGGGGCGGUGGUGGUUGGCCUGGCGGUGGUGGUCCUGGUGAUGGUGGCCCUGGUGGUGGUGGCCCUGGCGGAGGAGGCGGUGGUGGUAGUGGUGGAGGAGGUAGCCCUGGCAGUGGUGGAGGAGGUGGUGGUGGUAACCCUGGUGGCGGAAAUCCUGGGGGAGGUGGUGGUUGCCCUGGUGGUGGGGGAGGAGGUUCUGGGGGUGGAGGAUAUCCCGGUGGAGGUGGAGGGGGGUGGGAAAGGCCCUGGAUACGGCAAUGGUCGUGGCAGACCAGGAUAUGGAAGAUGGCCAGACGACAGAGGAUGUCGUGGACGACGUGGUCCCUGUCACCUAUUCAAUCUUUCACCGAGAUUCUGCACGGAGAACCACACGAUCUGGGAGCUGAUCAACGAGAGCAAGGAAACCUCGCAGCUUGCACAGCUCAUCAAGGGCCACGACGACAUGGUCACCCUACUGAACAGCAGUGGAAACAACUAUACUCUCUUGGCCCCGACAAACAAGGCUUUGGAGUGGUUCCUGCACCAUGAACAUCAGCCUUCAUACACGAAGGAUUUCCUGCAAUAUCACAUCUUGCCACGACAACUUGAUCUCCAUGAUGUGAGGUAUCAGCAAACACUGCCCACUCUGCUGAAUCAGUCGAAGUUGGGCAAGGAUAUGCCGCAGCGACUGGUGGUGAACAAACACGAACGUCGAGUGUUGCUCAAUGGGGUUGGAAGCAACGGCAUUCUUCAUCAAAUUAACACACCACUCAUUCCACCUCCAAAUACUAGCACAAUUAUCAAACUCCUGCCGAGGCACUUCAGCGCUUUCACUCUCGGCCUUGAAAAGACUGGUCUGAUCCACAAGCUAACCGACGAGAUCAGAGCUGGCGGUACAACAUUCGCCCCGACAAACGCAGCCUUUGGCCAUUUGGGACAACGUGCAAAUGAGUAUCUCUUCUCUUCUGGUGGCGAAAAAUGCUUGCAGGCCUUGCUAGAGUACCAUUUUGUCCCGAACCGCACCUUGUACUCGGACGUGCUGUAUGAUCAGCAUGGACAUGUGCAUAAGUUUAGAUCUGGGGAGCAGGAUUCCGCGGUACAUGUUAAGCUGCCUACUCUUUUGAAGAAGCAGAACUUGAGGGUUGAUGUUGUCUGGCCUGGAUACUCGGUUAUCAUGCGGGUGAACGGGGUUGGCCGGGUCAGGGUUCAUGAUGUUUUGGCGCGAGAUGGUGUCGUGCAUAUUGUGGAUCAGGUGCUGAUGCCGUCUCGGAAAAUCAAAGGGAAAGGCAAUGAAGGAGUGAUUGCGAUGUCGAUGUUGCGGGAAAGUCUCAACGAGUGCAAGGGAAUGCCACGGGAGGAACUGUGA